UAUAAUGUUACUUAAGGAAAAACUUCUGCAGUGCAUUAUAUUUUGAAAAGCUCAUACGAUGAAUUUAUACAAGGUGAUUACAGAUUGGUCGUUUUAGGUUAGAAACUACGUUCAUUUGUGUUGCUUAUUCCUUCGGUUUUUGGUGAAAUUGAAACCACCGAGAAAGUUUGUUUGUUUCCUGGCUAACGUUAGCGGGUGCUAGUCUAUGUUAGACAGAAAUUGCUUCGCUGAGGAAGAGUUGGCUGUCUCUGCUCGGUAGUCAGUGUGUCCGCUUGGCGUCCUCUGCUCCUUGUCAUUUUUUAUCGUUUGUGAAUCUCCAAAGAUUUUCUGGUGUUUAGGCAAGCACUGUAAAAGACUGUGCUCAGUUAGAGUUGGUUAAGUAUCAAAAACUGCUUAACUCGCGUCAUCUGUUCUUGGUUCAGACUCGUGUGUUGUAGGCGAGCAUAAUCGUUCAAGAAAUGUUCCAUAACUUAAUCUUGUCACUUUAGCCACAUGUUCUUUCAUUACAAUGCUAACAUUACUAUAACCUAGCUAGGUAACGUAACCUAGCUAGUCAUACCACUAGUCAUGCGUUAAUGCAUGUGACGCUUUGUAAUGGAACGUUUGAGCUUAUCAAACAAUAUUAACUUUUACCAUCGACAUUCUGCCAACAAACUCCUUGCUGGCAAAAUAGUGGCUACGCAGUAAUCAGGAAGCCAAACAAGGAAGGUGAGGAGGGGCGGACCUGUUAUUACCCUGAUGCUUGCUCAAGGUGAAAUUGAUUGCAUACGGACUGUAGCAGGAUAAGCGAUUAGAGUUCUAGCUAUUUAAUUAGCUAGCUAACCAAGCUUAGUUGUAACUUUUGCUGUGAACUUUUGAAUGUCUCACCGUUUUGCUUAUGCAAAGCUGCUGUGUUGAAGUUCUCUAUGUGCCCAGUUGCCAUGUGGUGAGAUAUUUCACCUUUACCAUUUGCUUGCAAGGAUCUAGUUUAGACCGUAAUCAAUAGUUCGUUGACAAUGUGGGUCAUAUUUCACUGACAACCAUGGGAGGAUGUGUUGGGAGAGAACGUGGAGAGUCAAACGGUCAGGGAUCGUCCCGCAGUGGUGGAAGGGCGCACAGAAAACGUGGAGGUCGCAAUGAGCCACUGAAAAAAGAGAAGCCCAAGUGGAAGAGCGAAUACCCUAUGACAGAAGGACAACUUCGAAGCAAAAGAGAUGAGUUCUGGGAUACGGCUCCAGCAUUUGAGGGUCGUAAGGAGAUCUGGGAUGCCUUGAAGGCGGCGGCUCUAGCUCUGGAGUGCAAUGACCACGACUUGGCUCAGGCUAUUGUGGAUGGAGCCAGCAUAACACUGCCCCAUGGAUCGCUGACUGAAUGUUAUGAUGAGCUCGGCAACCGUUACCAGUUGCCAGUGUACUGCUUGGCUCCACCCGUUAAUCUGAUCACAGAGUGCAGUGAAGAAGACCCCUCAGACAGCUCCGAGCCCCAGAUCGCUCCUAAGAAGGAGUUCCAGCUAAAAGUACGCCUCUCUACUGGCAAGGACGUGCGCCUCAACGUCAGCAUGACUGACACCAUCGCUCAGCUGAAGAAACAACUUCAGGCCCAGGAAAACAUUGACGUGGGCCAUCAGCGCUGGUUCUUCUCCGGCAAACUUCUCACAGACAAAACCCGCCUGCAGGACACUAAGAUACAGAAGGACUUUGUCAUUCAGGUGAUAGUGAAUCAGCCAACCCCCAACAACUAAAUCUGGGCUGGGCCACGGACCAUGUU